AUGAGUUUCACCACAGUGGCCCAAUGCGAGCUGGACGGCGGCCAUGGGGAAUCUGAUAGCAGUCACCAUGAUACUGCCUCAGACAGCACGCAAGACGGAGACGAGUCGACCGAGAGCUCGCGUCCCGGAUCGCAGACGAUACUGGACACGCCACCAGGAGAAGUCUCUGGUCAAGACGACGACGAUGCACAUGGACAAUUCCUGUCCUUUCCUGUUGUCCCAACCUCCAUUGAUGGACUGCUGCUUGACGAGACGAUGCAGUGCGAGCUUUCAUGGCCAUCAGAUUGGAGCAACACGCCGCAUUGCCGUUCCCCAUCGGUCAAGACCCUGAUACGCGCCGCCUGGGCCAUGGUGGCCAGCCGGAUGACCGACUCUGACAAGAUCCAAUUUAGCGUUGGGCGUCUUGAGACCGCAAAAUCACCAAGUAGUGGGGAAUCGGGGCUCCUGGGUAAUACCGUGCUUGUAGAGCAGACCGUGCUGCGAGCAAACUGCGUGGCACACCAGACGGUUGCCGAGUACAUCCAGUCCAUCCAGGCACAGGCAGAAAGAGCCCCAGACAAAGGAUGGACGCAGUUCCAGCAUCCAAACAACACUGGCACGCCGGCAGCUUCCGUCAGCGGAGAAAGACAGAUGCCAUGCACCUUGGUUCUAUCUCGGUGCGGCGCCCCCGCGAGACUGGGCCCGGGUGCCUCGUCGGCUGCCGGUGACGACGAGGGGGUGCAGAAACAUCUCGAUGGCUACGCGUUGGUGCUCGACAUUCAACAGCACCAAGCGCGCCUCGAGGUCGAGGCAAGGUUCGAUUCGAGGUUUCUAGAGCCAUGGGUGCUGGGGAAACUGUUGAAACGCCUCGAGUUGUUGGUCCACCAGUUCCACGAGGCGGAUCCUGCUGGGCGUCUGUCGGAAGUAGACUUGUUGACUCGAGACGAUCUGGAGCAGAUCUGGGCGUGGAACGGCUCUCUUCCGCCUCCCGUUGAUCGAUGCAUGCACCAAGUGUUCCACGACAUGGCCUUGAGCCAGCCACUGGCUCUGGCCGUGGACGCAUGGGAUGGUCAGUUGACGUACCAAGACCUGGAUCGCUUCUCGACGCAACUGGCAGCACGCCUCGUUGCCAUGGGCGUAGCCAAUGAGACCUUCGUGCCCCUGUGUUUCGAAAAGUCCAUGUGGAUGCCCGUGGCCAUGAUGAGCGUGCUCAAGGCCGGCGGCGCCUUUGUCUUGCUCGAGCCAUCUUUUCCAGAGCAGCGUCUCCUGGCCAUGGUGCAAGGGGUCAAUGCCAGUCUGGGGCUUUGUUCAGCCGCCAACGAGCCGCUCUGUUCUAGGCUUCUCGACAUGGCAGUCGUCAUCAACCGGCAUUCUCUCGGUUCCUGUCCACAGGAAACAAGCGGCCAGGAGGAUGCCAGUCACGAUACCCGUCAUUCAUCCGACUCGGCCAUGUUUGCCGUCUUCACCUCGGGAAGCACAGGAAAGCCCAAGGGAGCCAUUCUGACGCACGCAAACUACGCCUCGGCGCUGCAUCACCAGUUGCGGCCCCUGGGCUUCUCCAGAGACUCGCGCGUCUUCGAUUUUGCGUCUUACGCAUUCGACGUCUCGGUCCAUAAUGUAUUUGCGACACUCACCUCAGGCGCCUGCCUAUGCAUACCGUCCGACCAGGCACGUCACAAUGACAUCUCGGGGGCCAUGGCGGACAUGGGCGUGACGAUUGCCCAUGUGACGCCGUCCGUAAGUCGUCUCAUAAGCCCGGAAGCGGUGCCUCUUUUGAAAACCAUGAUAUUUACCGGCGAGCCUCUCUCUGUCGACGACGUGGCCCGCUGGUGGAACAAGCUUGACAUUGUCAACGAGUACGGGCCGGCCGAGUGCACCAUCAAUACGGUCAAUCGCGAUGCGCCCACCCCCGAGGCUGCCACCCGCAUCGGGCCAGCACUGGGAGUGUCGGCAUGGAUCGUGGAUCCCGACAAUCACGACAGGUUGGCUCCCGUAGGCUGCGUCGGCGAGCUUCUCAUCGAGGGCGCCCUGGUCGGCCGCGGCUACAUCAACGACCCGGCCAACAACGCAAGAGCCUUUGUGCAGAGCCCCCGUUGGCUGGUCCGGGGUGUUCCGGGCUAUUCGGGGCGCCAAGGUCGGUUGUAUAAGACGGGGGACUUGGUCCGGUACAACCAAGAUGGCAGUCUCACAUACGUUGGGCGGAAGGACGUGCAAGUCAAAAUCCGUGGCCAGAGGCUCGACCUCGGCGAAAUCGAGCACUGGGUGCGAAGCUGCGUCUCGGAUGCCCACCAGGUUGUCGCUGAGGUGAUUGUGCCCCGAUCUGACAAUGCCAGCCCUACGCUGGCAGUGUUUAUUCAGUCUCGGGGUAAAGCAAGCGACGACGCUGCCCAUCAUCCGGGUGCCGCCGAGAUACGCGCCGUGCCGGCCGAGACUCGGACCGCCCUCGCCGCCCGUCUGCCGUCUUACAUCGUACCGACCGUCUUCUUCUGGAUGGCCAAGCUCCCCGUGACGCCGACGGGGAAAAUGAACCGCAAGAGCCUGAGAGAGCUCGGUUCGUCGUUUUCGCCCGAGCAGCUCGCCGCAGCACGGGCAAGCGGCCACGACGGCCACCGCUCGAAGCGACAGCCGUCUUCGGAAAUGGAGCUGCGUGUCCGAGACAUCUGGGCUCGAGUGCUUGGUCUCGCAGCAGCUGAAGUUUGGCUCGACGACAACUUUUUCCAUCUCGGAGGAGACUCGAUUCACUCCAUGAAGGCUGCGGCCGACGCCCGUAGGCUCGGCUUGCAGAUGACAGUCAUGGACAUCUUUCAUCACCCGGUACUGCACGACUUGGCAAAGCACUGUCAUGCGCUGCUCGACCUCUGCAUCCAGCCCAUGGCUGCCUUUGAAUUGCUCGGAGACGACGUCCAUGUAGAUUCUCUUGUCGGCGCCAUGGCCACCAAGUAUAACCUAGAUCCGUCGGCAAUACAAGAUGCCUACCCUUGCACGCGGCUGCAGGAGGGUCUCAUGUUCCUCACUUCGAAAAGGCCGGGCGACUACAUGGAGCAAAGCGUUCUAGAACUCGCCUCGGACAUCUCGGUCGACCGCCUGCGACGAGCGUGGGACAAGACGAUCCAAGCCCAGCCUAUACUCCGCACGCGGCUGGCGCAGGGCGGCAACCUUGGCUUACUGCAACUGGUGCUCGACGACAGAGCCCAGUGGACAGAAACAGUUGGGCUAGACCGGUAUUUACAUCAGGAUAGAGAGCGGUCCAUGGAUCUGGGAGAUGCUCUCUCGCGCUACGCACUGGUUCGGGACAAGUCGGGCGGGCCAAGGUGGCUCGUAUGGACAGUCCAUCACGCCAUAUACGACGGCUGGUCGAUGCGGCUCGUCAAGGACGCCGUUGUCAAGGCAUACCAGGGGCAAGUCAUUGACGAGCCGUCCCCAUUUCAGGCAUUUAUCAAGUACGUCCAAGAGCAAGACGAUGUAAAAGCUGCAGGAUAUUGGCAGCAUGCGCUCAAAGGAUUCGACGGCGCUCCCUUCCCGUCGUCGGCAUCCUCGACCCAAGACCCCGUCGCCGACGCUGUCGAGGAGCGUCUAAUGCCGGGUCCCAGGGUUUGCAGCAGGGGCAUCACGGUGUCUCUGCUUAUUCGCGCCGCCUGGGCACUCGUCGUGGGUAAAAUGACCGGUUCCGACGACGUUCUAUUUGGCUCGACCCUGUACGGGCGCAACGCCGCCGUCGGGGGGCUCGACAACAUGGCUGCACCGACAAUUGCGACAGUGCCGGUGCGCGUCAGGUUCUCAAAGGAACAGACUGUCGCACACUAUCUUCAGACCAUACAGCAAGAGGCGGCCGAGAUGAUGCCCUUUGAGCAAACCGGGCUCCCGAGGAUCGCGUCGACGUGUCCCGAGGGCCGAAAGGCGUGCCGGUUUCAGACACACGUCGUCAUCCAGCCCGAGGACGAUUGCAGCGGCGACGGAGUCUUGGGCCAGUGGAAGAGCGGCAGCCAGGAACAAUGGUUCAGCACGUACGCGCUGACGCUCGAGGUCUGGCUGGGCCCCGACGGGAUCCUGGCCUCUGCCAUGUUUGACUCGAGGGUGAUUGAGCCUUGGGUAGUGAGCCAGAUGUUGGCCCAGCUCGAGUCGGCCAUGCACCAGCUAAGCCACGCCUCCGAGGCAGAUACUUUGAGCGAUGUUGAUCUGGUGACCUCGGAGACCCGAGAUCAGAUUUGGCAGUGGAACGCAUGCGUCCCUGAAGGGGUCGAUGGCCGUGUCGAGGAUUUGCUGGUCAACCAAGCCAGGGUUCGACCGGAUUCUCCCGCAAUUUGCGCUUGGGACGGGGAGCUGGCAUAUCGCGAGCUGGACGACUUGUCCUCGAGGGUGGGAGCUGUGCUAGCAGAAGCCGGCGUCGGCACGUCGGAGACGUUGAUUCCCUUGUGCUUUGACAAGUCCAUGUGGGCAGCCGUUGCCAUCUUUGGCGUCCUCAAGGCCAACGCGAGCUUCAUCUUGCUCGAUCCACGGCUGCCGCUGUAUCGUCUUCGCGCCAUCAUGCGGCAAGUCAAGAGCGGCGUGGUGGUGACGUGCCCGUCGAGGCAUCAACUUUGCUCGCAGCUUGCCCCCAAGACCAUUUCACUUGAUUGGGAUAUGGUACUCGGCGCAUCGUUGGAAAGACGGGUCACCGAGGCGGCAGUGCGAGAGCAAGGGUCAUGGCCGUCGUCCAUGGCGUACGCCAUAUUCACGUCGGGGAGUACUGGGGCGCCAAAGGGAGUCAUGAUAUCGCACACAAAUGCCCUGUCGGCGCUCCAUCACCAAGUCGAAGCCAUGGGACAUACGGAACAGUCGAGACUGCUCGACUUUGCGGGAUACAGUUUCGACGUGUCCAUCAGCAACAUCUUCAGCAUGGUGGCUUCAGGCGGCUGUCUUUGCGUCCCCAGCGAGGACCAGCGAAUCCACAGCCUCGAGGAUGCCGUCAAGCUGAUGAGGGUCAACGCGCUCGACCUCACACCCUCGACGUUGCAGCUCCUGUCUCCGGAGCGGGUGCCCGAGAUACGGACGCUGACGCUGGGCGGCGAAGCGCUGCGUGCGGCCGACGUGCAGGCGUGGUGGGACAAGGCGCGCAUCUGCAACGCGUAUGGGCCGAGCGAAUGCACGCCGACCAGCAUCAUCAACUAUCUCGCAACGAGCCCAAUGGAGGCUACGGCCAUUGGAAGGGGAGCAGGCGUUGUGACCUGGAUUGUGGACCCAGAUGACCACGACGAGCUGCUGCCCGUGGGCUGCACCGGCGAGCUGCUCCUCGAAGGGCCGCUGGUUGGGCUUGGCUACCUUGGUCAGGCGGAAAAGACCGAGUCGGCCUUCAUCAGGGACCCGCGAUGGCUGCUGCUCGGGUCCGCCCUCCACCCCGGCCGCCGUGGUCGGCUUUACAAGACGGGCGACUUGAUCCGGGGACAGCGUGUGGAUCCAGGAGAGAUUGAGAGCCUUCUCUGCUGCCAUGGCCGCGUGCAAGAGGCGGCAGUAGUCUUUGGUCAACACGGUAAAGGGCGAGAAGCUCGGCUGUUUGCGUUUGUCACAGUCAGAUCCGACGAAGCCAUUGCUGGCCAGACAAAGUCCAGCGACACCGACGCGUUGCAGAGACAAUGGCACGUAAACAAGAUGGAUUCGUGGGAAAGCCAGUUUGACCAAGAGACGUACGCGUCCAUCGAUGCUAUUGCGCCCGCGGCCAUCGGGCGAGACUUCAUUGGGUGGUCUUCCAUGUACGACGGCAAGGAGAUUGACAGCCGCGACAUGAACGAGUGGCUGGACGAUACAAUCGAGACGAUUCUCAACGGCGGCGCGGCCGGCCGCGUUCUCGAACUCGGCACCGGGUCGGGCAUGAUACUCUUCAGCUUGGCCAGACACGGACUCGAGAGCUAUGUCGGCGUGGAGCCGUCGUCCAAGGCCGUCGACUUUACCGCCAAGACGGCCAAGUCGGAUCCGGCCCUGGCGGGCAAGGUGCAAGUCUUCAAGGGCACGGCAGACGACAUUUUGCGGCGGCCCGACGACGUCGGUCGCCCUCAGCUAGUCGUCAUCAACUCAGUCCUCCAAUACUUCCCAAGCCAGGACUACCUCUUUGGCAUCAUACGCAGCUUGGUCGGCCUCGAAGGCGUCGAGACCAUAUUCUUCGGCGACGUGCGAUCAUAUGCCCUGCACCGCGAGUUUCUGGCCGCGCGCGCUCUGCGCAUGGCCAACAAGGACGUGACGCUCGACGAGUUUCGACACAUUGUCGGUAACCUGCAGCGGGUCGAGCCAGAGCUGCUCGUGGACCCUGGAUUCUUCACUGGCCUGCCCGACCGCCUCCCCGGCAUCAGGCACGUUGAAAUACUGCCAAAGAGGAUGGAGGCCACCAACGAGCUCAGCAGCUACCGAUACGCCGCCGUGUUGCAUGUCGCCUGUCCGCAGCAGGUUCAAGAGGUCAGCCAAGCGGGCUGGGUCGACUACGCGGCCAGCAGCCUGGACAGAUGCUCUCUAUUGCGGCUCCUGGAAGUGGACCGUGGCUCUCUCACGCCAACCGUGGCCAUUUCCAACAUUCCCUAUAGCAAGAUUGUGUUGGAGAACAAGAUUGUCCAUUUAACCGGCGACACUGCGGAGCGCCAGGUGCCAAACGACGACAACUGGCUCUCGGAAGUGCGCCAAGAGGCGCGAGAGGAAGCGUCGCCGCUGUCGGCGCUUAAUCUGACGGAGCUGGCGCGGCAAGCGGGCUACCAGGUGAGCGUCAGCUGGGCCCGGCAGCAUUCGCAGCGCGGCGGACUCGACGCCAUAUUUCAUAGCCCCGGCCGAGGCGGGAAAGAAGGCGGCCGAGCAGGCGAGCCGAGAGCGCUGUUUCGGUUUCCCACCGAUCACCAUGGACGGUCCAUGGCAUCGCUCAGCAGCCAUCCCCUUGGGCAGCAGACCGACGCCAGGGUCCAGGGACAGCUCCAGGACAUGGCGAAGCUGAAGCUGCCGUCGUACAUGGUGCCUCAUGCCAUUACCAUUUUGGACAAGAUGCCCAUCGACCACAACGGCAAGACGGAUCGCCGCCUGCUGGCCGAGAGCGCCAGAGAGCAAGAGUCCCCGCCGCUGGGAGACAAGAAGCUGCCUCCGUCAACGGCGCAAGAGGAGACGCUGCAGGGCAUCUGGGCUCGCGUGCUCGGCGUGAUGCCCGACAGGAUCGGGAUGGAAGACGGGUUCAUCCAGCUCGGGGGUGAUUCGCUUCAGGCCAUGAGGAUUGUCAGCGCGGCUCGCGAUGCGGGCAUCAAGCUCGAGGUUGCCGACAUGUUCCAGCACGCAACGACGAGCAUAAAGAGCCUGUUGGCUACCGCGGAGGCCAGGAGGGCGAGCUGCAGCCCCCAGAAUGGCUGUCCCGCUGCCCUGACAGACCGCAUCAUGGCAGACAUUGCUCGGCAUGACCUGAGCGUAGCAUCGGCCCAGGCGGGAGCGGCAGAGAUGGUGGGCGAGACGGAUGCCACCGGGGGCAAGGGGUGCGGUAGGCUGCUCACGGUGCUCCUGACGGGAGCCAACGGCUACAUUGGCACGCAGAUCCUGCGCCAGCUGCUCGAGGACGGACGAGUCGGGCGUGUCGUGGCUGUCGCCAGGGGCGCAACGCAAGCCGAUGCCAGGCGGCGAACCAUUGAGGCGGCCAAGAGGGCGCAGUGGUGGACCGAGUUUCACGACAGGACGCUCGACGUGUGGGCGGGGGACCUGGCGCAGCCGCGUCUCGGCCUCGACGCGGCUAACUGGCGGUCCGUCAGCGACGGCGUGGUGCAUGUCGUGAUACACAACGGCGCCGCCGUGCACUUCAUCAAGAGCUACGCGGCGCUGGAGGCGGCCAAUGUGCGCUCCACGGCCGAGCUGCUGCGCGCCACGGCCGAGGUGCCGCACAUGAAGCUCGUGUACGUGUCGAGCGCGCGGUUCGGGGACCCGAGCGACGAGGCGGAGCGAGACGUGGCGCGGCAUCUGGCCGCGAACCCCAACGGGUACAACGAGACCAAGUUUGUCGCCGAGACGCUGGUGCGGCGUGCGGCGGCGCGGCGGCGCGGCGGCGGAGGCGGGGCCGGCGGGGCCGGCGGCAGCCCCGAGUCCAAGUUUGUCGUCGUCAGCCCGGGCCUCGUCGUGGGGACGCCGACCGAGGGCGUGGCCAACGCCGACGACUGGCUUUGGCGCAUGGCGUCGGCGUGCAUGCGCGUCGGCGCCUUUGCCGGCGACGAAAGCGACAGGUGGAUCCCCGUGGCCGACGUCGGGUCCGUGGCGGCGGCGGUUGUGAGCGCCGCCAUGCCGGGCGCGGGCGGCCCCGUCGUCCGGCAGAUCACGGGCGGGCUCACCAUGGGGGAAUUCUGGGCGACGGUCGCGGCAGCAGGCUACCGUCUGCGCGCCCAAGACGCGCCCGUGUGCGCCGAAGCCAUUCGGCGCGACAUGGACGCGCACAAGGACUCGCAUCCGCUGCAGGCUCUCGCCCACAUGUUGGACGGCCUGGGCGACACGGCGAGGGAGCCUUGGGCCGAGAGCUGGCGCUCGGGCGGCAGCGGCGCGUCGCCGACGAGAUUGAGGGCCGCCGUGCUGAAAAGCGUGCGCUUCUUGGCCGACGUUGGCUUCCUGCCGAAGCCUACGGCCGCGGGGCCUCCGCAGACGAGCAUGGGCGCCUUUACGAGGUCGGGGGGGUUGGAGGCUCGCGCGGCUUGA